AUGGAGGAUCUACGUGGUGCUUUGGAGGCUACCAACUGGGAUGUGCUGUGCAACCCACAUGGGGACGACAUAGACAACAUGGUGGACUGUGUCACUGACUACAUUAACUUAUGCGUACACAACACCAUCCCCACCAAAGACAUACACUGCUUUUCCAAUAACAAACCCUGGAUCACCAGCAACCUGAAGGCUCUUCUGAAUGAUAAGAAGAGAGCCUUUAGGAGGGGGGAUAAGGAAGAGGUCAAGCGUGUACAGAGGGAACUAAAGCAGAAGUUAAAAGAGAGUAAGGACGCCUACAGGAGGAAGAUUGUCCCCAAUGCCACCAUGUAUGAUUAUUCCUGUGUAUUCUGGAAUUACACAGAAAGGGAUUGGAGCACAAAAGGGUGCUCCAAGGCAGGUGAUCAGUUUGGGAAUUUGAGAUGCAUUUGCAAUCAUACCACCAACUUUGCUGUGCUCAUGUCUUUUAAAAAUGAUUACAGGUACUCAGAUCCACUGGAAUGGAUAACAUAUAUUGGAUGUGCACUGUCUAUAACAGGGCUUUUUCUAACUGUAACAUACCAGAUAAUAUACAGGAAUUCCUUGAAGAGCAACCACACUGAGCUCCUGAUUAAUAUUUGCAUAUCCAUGAUGGUGUUUGACAUAGUGUUUAUUGGUGGAAUCUCCAACCCAAAAGCUGAGGAAGAGACCAUCAGCUCAAAUACGAGUGAAAACAACAUGCUAUCCUCUGACAUACAUGUUGAUCCUGACAGUGGUCCUUGCACAGCUGUGGCAGUUCUGCUCCACUUCUUUCUACUGUCCACCUUCACAUGGAGCUCAUUGUUUGCGGUUCAGAACUAUAUGCUUAUGGUCACUCGCUUCGUACAGACUCCCAGACGUUUUAGCUGCUGGUUGGCUGCACUUGACAGAGAGGGGAGAUUUGACAUAAAAAAGCCAAUGUUAUGGGCAUUUCUUUUUCCUGUGGGCAUAAUCCUCAUUUUCAACAUUCUGGUGGUUAUAUGCUUCAUAUACCAAGUAUCCAAGAAAAGCAGUACUCAAGAAAGGAACCGGAAAACCUUUUUGAAGAACUUCUUUGGCAGCCUGUCUCUGUCUGUGGUGCUUGGUGUAACCUGGUUGCUGGGCUAUUUAAUGCUGAUAGAUGACAACCAGAGCAAGGAAGUCUUCAGUUACAUCUUUUGCAUUCUUAACACCACCCAGGGACUACAAAUAUUCAUUUUGUUCGUGGCAAAAACGCAAUUGUUUAAGGAGAAAUUUUCUAAUCUUCGCAGCUCAAUCUCCACUCCUGAAACCUACCUCCAUUCAAAGACAUACAACGUGAGGAAGUUCGCAAAGAGGAAUACCAAAAAAACAUUCACAGAGACUGAAAAUUUUUCAACUUGUAGUUUAUAAAGCUCUUCGUCAGUUUAAGUGUUUCCCCAUUUUACUCUUUGUCUCAGAUAUAAUCCAAAUAAUUUAGCAAUACUUAUUGUUGUUAUCAUUCUGUAAAGUGCUUUUAGAAGCCACCUUUAAAGGUGCUAUAUAAAAUA